UUUCGGUUAUCAACAGUGCCUAUCGGUGUUGAAAAGAGAGAAAAUGCAACCCGGCACAAUGUGAAUCACGUUGAACGAAAUACUUAUGCCUAGGUACGCGAUAUUGUGAACGUGUUAUCGACUGCAAAGCAGAAUGACGAAUGGUUAACAGUGUGGCCUAUUUGUAGUGUAAAUAUUUGUAAAUUUUAUGUUUUAUUUUGUUGUAACAAGUACCUGAUGAAUUCUUAGAUGUAAUAACGUACCGCGCAACGACAUGCCGAUAUUACGAAAAAAAUCAAGCAGAAAGACAAACACGGAGAACGAAAAUAGCAGGUUGAUUGGAGAUGUUACCAUCGACGAUUUCGCAAAUACGUCGCGAACUCACGCGAGGUUCAAAAAGGCUGCAAUGAACGUCUCCUCUGAAGUGAAGCUGAAAGGCGCAACGCAAGACGAAGAGCUGCUAAAUAAAAUGAAUGAAAAUUAUGCAGUUGAUCCGUUCGAUGUGGACAAAUCUAAGAAGAACAGCAAAGAUGUGCUAACGAACGAAAGAAGAAAUAGGAAAUCAAGAAUAUCCGAGGCAAGUACGGAAGAAGAAACAGAAGUAGGUAUAGACUAUCCAUUGGAUGUGUGGUUUAUUAUAUCCGAAUAUAUUAAUCCAGAGGCAGUAGGAAAGUUUGCUCGAAUAUGUAGAAGUUCUUAUUACGUCACAACGACAGGCAAAUUUUGGUUUCAUUUAUACAAGUCUUAUUAUAGGUUUAUACCUGGUUUACCCGAACGUCUUCAACCGCAUUGCAUGGUUCACAUGCACGGAUUACGUGCUUCUGUUAUCAGAACGUUACAUUACACUUACUUUGUGUUGAACAGAAAAGUUAAUGAUGUGUUCUACUUGCAACAAGAUGAGCCACAUUCCCUUGUAAAAAGAAAAUGUUGUAGCAUGUGGCACAAAGAAGGAAAAUUGCGAUGGUAUUUUUAUUUCAAAUUAAAACAAGUACCGAACUCUAGUAGAAACACAUUAAAAGAAAAACGGAAGAGUAAAACGAGAGAUUUUCUUGAAAUAUUGGAAGAUGUAACUGCAAAUCCAGAAGAGGAUUGUAAAGUACUUAGGGUAAUUUGUUUAAAAUACAGUAUGUUGCCACUGGUAAUCGGCUUAAUUUUACAAUCAGUGACAAUGACUUUGAUGCCAGGUUUCAAGGAACAUCGAUUACAACUUGGUUUUGGAACAUCAAACAUCGCCAGCUCGUUAACGAACCAAGUGAUUUUAAAUAGCGUUGUUAAUUGCCAAGUUUUAGAUUGGUGGCACCCACUUUAUCCUCACGAAGACACGAUUACCACUAUCGAAUUACCACAAAGUGAUUUUUGGGAUCAGGACUAACAUGUAAAAGAA